GGCCAGGCAGGAGAGGAGGGACCCGUCGGCGCCGCGUCCCGGAGGGAGAGGGGAUCCCCCUCCUGGCUGCUCCCGCGCCCCAUGAAGAGCAGGGAAACCGGCGCCUCCCUUGCCUAGAGAGACCCCCCCGGAGCGCCGGGCUGCAGGGACUGAACGGUACCCGCCCCCCGCAGCAGAGGAGGAAAAGCUACAUUGUGCUGGGGGCAGGAGCGGGGGCUGUGGCCGCUUCCUGCCCGCCCCUGUGGCCGCACCCGUCCCGAGGUGCAAGGAGCGAGCCCGGCAUCCACCUUCUGCACAGCCCCCUGCGUCCCCGCAGCCGCGCCGAGAAGAGAGUAAUAUGUGGGAGGCUGUGGACUACGCGCUUCCGACAUAGGAACAGCACUGGGUUGGGAAUCUCUACUUCUGAGAGAAUGCUGGGAAUCUGCAGAGGGAGACGGAAAUUCCUGGCUGCCUCUCUGACUCUCCUUUUUGUUCCAGCCUUUACUUGGAUUUACCUGUUUUCUAGGAGUUUUGAAGAUGGGAAGGCGUCGUCGCUGUCGCCAAUCGAAUCUCAGCCCCAUAGCCCUCAUUACACAGCCUCGAACCAGCGGGAGCGGGAGAGCUUGGAAAUACGCAUGCGGGAGGUGGAGGAGGAGAACCAGGUGCUUCGCAAGCAGCUCAGCCUGGCGCAGAGCCGGAGCCCAACGCAUCGUCGUGGCAAUCAUUCAAAAACCUACUCCAUGGAGGAGGGGACUGGGGACAGUGAAAGCCUGCGGGCUGGCAUCGUGGCAGGGAACAGCUCAGAGUGUGGGCAGCAGCCAGCAGUGGAGAAGUGUGAGAUGAUCCAUGUCGCCAUUGUUUGUGCUGGAUACAACGCCAGUCGGGAUGUUGUCACGCUUGUCAAAUCGGUCUUAUUUCACAGGCGAAACCCUCUUCACUUCCACCUCAUUGCAGAUGCUAUUGCCAAACAGAUCCUGGCGACUCUCUUCCAGACCUGGAUGGUCCCUGCUGUGCGCAUAGACUUCUAUGAUGCAGAUGAGCUCAAGUCGGAAGUAUCCUGGAUCCCCAACAAACACUACUCUGGGAUUUAUGGGUUGAUGAAGCUGGUUCUGACAAAGACUCUCCCUUCCAAUCUCGAGCGAGUCAUUGUCCUCGACACAGACAUAACCUUUGCCACUGACAUUGCUGAGCUAUGGGCCGUCUUUCACAAGUUCAAAGGCCAGCAGGUUCUCGGCUUGGUGGAGAACCAGAGUGACUGGUAUCUGGGCAACCUUUGGAAGAAUCACCGUCCCUGGCCAGCUCUUGGGAGGGGUUACAACACAGGGGUUAUCCUGUUACUUCUGGAUAAGUUGCGAAAGAUGAAAUGGGAGCAGAUGUGGAGACUCACAGCUGAAAGAGAGUUAAUGAGCAUGCUGUCAACCUCAUUGGCUGACCAGGAUAUCUUCAAUGCAGUCAUCAAACAGAACCCAUUCCUUGUCUACCAGCUUCCAUGUUUCUGGAAUGUGCAGCUGUCUGACCACACCCGUUCUGAACAGUGCUACAGGGAUGUGUCUGACCUAAAGGUGAUUCACUGGAACUCGCCAAAGAAGCUGCGAGUGAAAAACAAGCAUGUGGAGUUUUUCCGCAACCUCUACCUGACAUUCCUAGAGUACGAUGGGAACCUGCUGAGGCGGGAGCUCUUUGGCUGCCCCAGUGAGGCAGACGUCAACAGUGAAAAUCUUCAGAAGCAGCUGUCCGAGCUGGAUGAGGAUGACCUGUGCUACGAAUUUCGUCGGGAGCGCUUCACCGUCCAUCGCACUCAUUUGUACUUUCUACAUUAUGAGUACGAGCCUGCCUCAGACAGCACUGAUGUAACUCUGGUGGCUCAGCUCUCAAUGGACAGGCUCCAGAUGCUUGAAGCUAUCUGCAAACAUUGGGAGGGUCCAAUCAGCCUGGCACUCUAUCUUUCUGAUGCAGAGGCCCAACAAUUCCUGCGCUACGCCCAGGGCUCGGAAGUCCUCAUGAGCCGACGCAAUGUUGGGUACCAUAUAGUGUACAAGGAGGGGCAGUUCUAUCCUGUGAAUCUCCUGCGGAAUGUGGCCAUGAAGCACAUCAGCACACCAUACAUGUUCUUGUCUGACAUUGACUUCUUGCCCAUGUAUGGACUCUACGAGUACCUCAGGAAGUCUGUCAUCCAGCUAGACUUGGCCAAUACCAAGAAAGCUCUGAUCGUACCUGCUUUUGAGACCCUUCGGUACCGCCUCUCCUUCCCCAAGUCAAAAGCAGAGUUGUUAUCUAUGUUGGACAUGGGAACCCUCUUCACAUUCAGGUAUCACGUCUGGACGAAAGGGCAUGCACCCACGAACUUUGCCAAGUGGCGGACUGCUACCACACCUUAUCAAGUUGAGUGGGAAGCAGACUUUGAGCCAUAUGUUGUUGUGAGGCGGGACUGCCCAGAGUACGACAGAAGGUUUGUAGGGUUCGGCUGGAACAAAGUAGCUCACAUAAUGGAACUGGAUGCACAGGAAUAUGAAUUCAUAGUGCUGCCCAAUGCCUAUAUGAUCCAUAUGCCGCAUGCUCCCAGCUUCGACAUCACCAAGUUCCGCUCCAACAAGCAAUACCGCAUCUGUCUGAAGACCCUGAAGGAGGAGUUCCAGCAGGAUAUGUCACGCCACUAUGGCUUUGCAGCCCUCAAAUAUCUCACAGCAGAGAACAACAGCUAGCACGACGGAGCCUGUUUACGGGAAACAGACACUCAAGGGAGGAGCCACUUAAUAUUUGGGGCCCAGUCUUUUAACUUGGAACUGAGACACUUUUUUGUUUUUAUAUCAUACCCAACAGUUCUAACAGUAGAGAUUUGAAGCGACAUGUCUUCAGACUGUGCUCAUUAGCCACUUCCCUUCCACCCUCCUGCCAAGCUCUCAGCUUUAGCAUUCGCACGAUGUGAAUAAGAGGGGCCAGCCAUGCGCCCAUCAUAUUGCAAACAGUGCGGAGCGGGGGUGGUACAGGAAUAUGAUUUCUGUUUUCAAAACAGUUGAGCAAAAGACAGCUCUCCAGAAAAUAGGAUUUAAUGUUGCUAUUUAAUAAUUCCACAUGCUUUUUAUCUGUAAAGGAAGGUCUUCAGGUCACUGUCCUGUGAAUUUUAAACCCACACUGCUCUAAAAGGGGAACUUUCACCUGUGAACUUUCAUAUUUCCCCUCUUGAUACAGUUGGCUAUUCUAAUGAAGGGCAAGGCAAAGAUUUGAAAUAGCCUUGAAAAUGAAGGGGAAGCAUAUACCAUAUCCCACUAUAGAGAAGAUGUGCUAAAGACUGAGGCAUAUCCAUGGGAUCAAUUGGUCACUGAUCCUCAAGAUAAUUCUGUUUGAUCCAGAAACCUCCCCUGCCCCAGCCAUAAAAUCCAUUCCUUCCCUUUUAAAAGGCAAUGUUGGCCUUCAUUCUGCUUGUCCAUCUCCAGUUCUAGCAGUCCAGUAAAAAAAAGAUUGGUGCCUCUACCAGAAUGUGAAGGAACCUGUCAGUGUAAGGCCUGUUUUCACCUGAGCAAUUCAUUCACAUGUGUCUAGUGAAAUAAAUGGCCAUGUUGUAGCUUGGUUACCAUUUUAAAGGCAAGAACUGGAUUUUUCCCUGGGAUGUAUUUUCUACUGGGGGCUAUUGACCUGUAGGCUCUUUCAGUGCACACCCACUUGUGAAGGCCUUGGGCCUUGCGCUUUAAGUGGACUUCAUCACUGAACAGGGAAAUAUAAGCAUGAUAGCUAGAGCCCAGGCGCCUCAGUGCUGUCAAGCUGCCUGCUACAAGUGCUCAGAACUACUUCGUUAAAGGAGUUUAUAAUAAAAGGAGCAAACCUCUGAGGCAUAAACUCCCCAUUUGAGGGGGAGAAGAGAAUGUGUUGGGAAUCUGAGUGUGAGUGUUUGCUUGAAUGUGGGGGGGUCCAGUUCACGACCUCAGUAUGCGUAGCGAUAUUUUGAAGGGUGGACAAGAAACCUAACAAGCAAAACACAUACAAAAACCGAGACACUGGACUUUUUACCAUUUCCUUUAUUCUUCAGUAUUAAUGUUGUGUUUACAUGGGAUGAGGAGAUGAGGUUUAAUGCACUGCCCUUAGCUGGGCUAUUUGUAUUCGCUUGCAAUGUUACUAGAGAAAGCAGAAUCGACUAAAGUGAGAAGUGUAUCCCUCUUCCUAUUCCAGACCAUGUAGAACAGUACUUAACAGACACCGCUCCCUAGACUGUAUAGUGGAUCCACACUUCAUUGUGCUCAUUAUUUUAUUCUAUUUUCCAGUCAUUGGAUCUUCCUCCCCACCUCACCAUGCUAGAUCUUGGCUUUCUUUCUAACCUACUACUUUUUGAGGGGUUUAUUUACAGCAACUUCAACACAACUAAGUCAGGUGUUUACAGUACAAAUGUUGAUUAAUCAUACAAACAUUAAAGAACAGAACAGCAAAAAAUAAAAAAAGCAACUUCUUGGAGACAAGAAAUCAGACCAGGAGGGAGUCUGGAUGUAGUUGUUACAUUUUCCCCUGUGGGUGUGGGCUGUGUAAGAAUCUAUCACUUCCUACUUUUCUCCUUUACUUAACGGCUCACUUAAAAACCUGUGAGGAGCUAGACGCAGGCAAAUUAAUAAAACAACCUCUCCCUCCCUCAUUGUUAAUCUGCCAUCCUUUCUCAUGCUGAGUAGUGCAAUACUCCACAAAUAGUCCCAGUGAUUCUUCUCCAUGAGUAAGGGUGGCAGAAUCUGUUCCUAAGGGUAUGUCCACACUUAAAAUGCAGCCGUGUAGACACUACCUAUGCUGACGGGAGAUGUUCUUCCAUCGACCUAGGUAAUCCACCUCCCUGAGAGGCGGUAGCUAGGUCAAUGGAAGAAUUCUCUCGACCCAAGGCUGUGUAUACAGGGACUUAGGUCAGCUUAACAGUGCCACUCAGGGGUGUGGAUAUUUCACACACCUUACCAAUGUAGUUAAACUAACCUAAUUUUCUAGUGUAGACAAGGCCUAAGUAGUCCAGUGGUGUGAAAGUGCUGAUUUACCUUCUUGAAAUUCCUAGUCAGUCGCUCUGUAUAACUAAAGCUGUUUUAUAGCACUAGUUAAGUGCUGGAUGUUAAUUUCUUCUUUGUUUCACAAUGAUGCCUGGGUACAGGGGGGAACACCAUUCUCCUGCAGUGCUCAGGGCCGGUGCAACCAUUUAGGCAAACUAGGCGGCCGCCUAGGGCACCUAGUGAUUGGG